CAGUGGCCCAGCGCUUAGGAAAGGAGGAAAAAUACACAACGCAAGAUGGCGACAGCGCACGGCGGGCACUAGAGGGAAGAAGGCGCUGCGGAUACACGGUCCACGCAGGGGUUUGCGGCGCUGUGUCCGUCGCGGGGGAGAACCACAUUGCAGAGCGCUUCUGGAGGUUUUUUUUUUUUUUUUUUUUUUUUUUAUAAUGGGUCACAGGAUUUCUCAUUUCCACGCUGAGUGAGCGAGGAGUCGGUGCCACCAUGGAGAAGAAACGCAGAAAGAAAUGAAAGCCAUGCACCCGGGCUAAUGGCUGAAAUGUGGACUUCUGCGAAUCCUUAAAACUACUUUUUUUUCUUUUUCCUUGAUCACCGCUGAACGGCGGUGCAUUAACCCUGUAUGCAGAGACUUAGCCCUAUGGAUUUGAAACCGUACUUUUCGAACAUGAAAUUGUCAAGCCUCUGGCUGCAGCUGCUUGUUAUUUUACUUUGUAUGAAAAAGCACCACAGCACUAAGCCGGCAAAUUCAUCCCAUGAGUCCGAGUAUUGUGAUGGCUGCUCUCAUCUCACACUUAGCGUAGAAUUCUCAUCUACCGUUGUGGAACAUGAGUACAUUGUGGCUUUCAAGGGAUACUUCACUGCAAAAGCUCGCAGCAAGUUUAUAUCCAGCGCGCUGAAGAGCCGGGGCAUCGAGGAUUGGAGGAUCGUACCUAGGAAUAACCCUGCCAGCGAUUACCCUAGUGACUUUGAGCUUAUUAAGUUCCGGAGUGAACAUCAGGAUGGCAUACUAACCCUUGAGAACCACCCAAACAUCAAGCGUGUCACCCCGCAGAAGCGUGUCGUCCGUUCUCUGAAGUUUGUAGACGCAGGUGAUCCGCUUGCACCAUGCAAUGAAACAAAGUGGAGCCAGAAAUGGCAAUCUUCCCGUCCGCUCCGGAGAACGAGUCUGUCUCUAAGCUCCGGUUUUUGGCAUGCAACGGGGAGGCAUUCCAGCCGUCGGCUCCUCCGAGCCAUCCCACGUCAAGUCGCUCAGACUCUACAAGCUGAUGUGUUAUGGCAAUUGGGAUACACAGGUAGUAACGUGAGAGUUGCAGUUUUUGACACUGGGUUAAGCGAAAAACAUCCCCACUUCAAAAAUGUUAAGGAAAGAACAAACUGGACCAACGAGAAGACAUUGGAUGACGGUCUGGGCCAUGGGACGUUUGUUGCUGGAGUUAUAGCCAGCAUGAGAGAGUGUCAAGGAUUUGCCCCGGACUCCGAGCUUCACAUAUACAGGGUUUUCACCAAUAACCAGGUAUCCUACACAUCAUGGUUUUUGGAUGCCUUUAACUAUGCUAUCCUUAAGAAGAUUGACGUGCUGAACCUGAGCAUUGGGGGACCAGAUUUCAUGGACCAUCCUUUUGUCGACAAGGUUUGGGAGCUGACUGCCAACAACGUCAUCAUGGUUUCUGCCAUAGGGAACGAUGGACCACUGUAUGGGACUCUCAACAAUCCUGCUGACCAAAUGGAUGUCAUCGGAGUUGGCGGCAUUGACUUUGAAGACAACAUAGCUCGCUUCUCAUCGCGGGGCAUGACCACUUGGGAACUGCCUGCCGGAUAUGGAAGAAUGAAGCCAGACAUUGUCACUUAUGGUUCCGGGGUGCGAGGAUCUGGCGUGAAGGGCGGGUGUCGAUCCCUGUCGGGCACGAGUGUGGCAUCUCCUGUUGUGGCUGGAGCCGUCACGCUGCUUGUCAGCACUGUUCAGAAGCGUGAAAUGGUGAAUCCAGCCAGCAUGAAGCAGGCGCUCAUUGCCUCCGCACGGAGACUUCCCGGAGUCAACAUGUUUGAGCAAGGCCAUGGCAAGCUGGACCUUCUGCGAGCCUAUCAGAUACUGAACAGUUACAAACCCCAAGCCAGUUUGAGUCCCAGCUACGUGGACCUGACCGAAUGCCCAUACAUGUGGCCGUACUGCUCUCAGCCUAUUUACUACGGAGGGAUGCCCACUAUCGUAAACAUCACCAUUCUAAAUGGCAUGGGGGUGACUGGGAGGAUUGUUGACAAGCCUGACUGGCAGCCAUACCUACCCCACAACGGAGACAACAUUGAGGUGGCCUUCUCAUACUCCUCAGUGCUGUGGCCAUGGUCUGGUUAUCUAGCCAUUUCCAUCUCUGUGGCCAAGAAAGCAGCUUCAUGGGAGGGUAUUGCUCAAGGUCACGUGAUGAUUACCAUCGCAUCUCCAGAUGACAAUGAGCUAAAAAAUGGGGCAGAGCAGUUCUCUACCAUCAAACUGCCAAUUAAAGUAAAGAUCAUUCCCACACCACCUCGCAGCAAGAGGGUCCUGUGGGAUCAGUACCACAACCUGAGGUACCCACCGGGCUACUUCCCACGAGACAAUCUGAGGAUGAAGAAUGACCCACUGGAUUGGAACGGUGACCACAUUCAUACAAAUUUCCGUGAUAUGUACCAGCACUUGAGGAGCAUGGGCUACUUUGUGGAGGUGCUGGGCUCCCCAUUCACGUGCUUUGAUGCCAGUCAGUACGGCACUCUCCUACUGGUUGAUAGCGAAGAAGAGUUUUUCCCAGAGGAGAUUUCCAAACUUCACAGAGAUGUGAGUAACGGACUCUCGUUGGUCGUAUUUAGUGACUGGUACAACACGUCGGUAAUGAGGAAGGUCAAAUUCUACGACGAAAACACCAGGCAGUGGUGGAUGCCCGACACCGGAGGUUCUAACAUCCCAGCAUUGAAUGAUCUGCUGUCGGUCUGGAAUAUGGCCUUUAGCGAUGGGAUCUACGAAGGGGAUUUCUCCAUGCUUAAUCAUGACAUGUACUAUGCCUCAGGCUGCAGCAUCGCAAAGUUUCCAGAAGAUGGCGCAGUUAUUUCACAAACACUAAAGGACCAAGGGCUUGAAGUUUUAAAGCAAGAUACCACAAUGGUGGAGAAUGUUCCUGUGCUAGGACUCUAUCAGACCCCCUCUGAAAAUGGGGGCAGAAUAAUCUUGUAUGGGGACUCUAAUUGCUUGGAUGACAGCCAUCGCCAGAAAGAUUGCUUCUGGUUGCUGGAUUCCUUGCUGCAAUAUACAUCCUAUGGAGUGAUGCCGGCAAGCCUCAGUCACUCUGAAAACCGGCAGAAGCCACCGUCAGGAAUAGGUGUCAUCGCCCCUGAGAGGAUGGAAGGAAACCAUUUACACAGAUAUUCCAAGGUUUUGGAGGCUCAUCUUGGAGACCCAAAACCACGACCAUUGCCGGCCUGUCCACACCUCUCAUGGGCCAAACCAAUUCCCCUCAAUGAAACUGCUCCCAGUAACCUGUGGAAGCACCAGAAGCUGCUGUCAAUAGACCUGGAAAAGGUGGCUCUGCCUAACUUUCAGCAGAACCGGCCACAAGUGAGACCCCUGUCCCCGGGUGAGAGCGGAGCGUGGGACAUUCCUGGAGGGAUUAUGCCUGGCCGUUAUAACCAGGAUGUUGGCCAGACUAUUCCGGUCUUUGCAUUUCUUGGUGCUAUGGUGGUCCUGGCCUUCUUCGUGGUGCAAAUCAACAAGGCCAAGAGCAAGCCAAAGAGAAGAAAACCACGAGUCAAGCGACCUCCGCUCCUCCAACAGUUUCACCAACCAAAGACCCCGUCUGUCUGAACAGAGCUGGGAUCUGGACAUGUACCUUUAUAUAGGAGCUGUGAUCUGACCAGGGGCCACAUUAUAGCUCCAUCACAGGGUUCCAAGGAUAUACGUUUUUAAUGAACUUUCCUGCAUGGGAUGAUAAUCGAUCUUUAGCUGACCAAACGUAUUUGGUAGGAAUCGCGCCUUUUUAUAUUUAUUAUGUAAAACAAAACAAAAAAAAGCCCUUGAAAGACUUGGCUCUACCAAAAAGGGACCUCGGGUGAUAUGCAAUAUAAUAGGAGGGCAUGUGCAAGAGCACACCAAAGCAGACCAGACAUAGGAACCUUUGGAAAAGGGUUUUCACUCAGAUCGUUGACUUUUAUUUUUAUAAAUAUCUCUGGAAGUUUUCUAAUUUUUGGUCAUUACUUCACCGUUAUCGGUGGAAAGCGUUUUCAAUAAAUAAGCAUCGUCUAAUGAA